UUCAUCUCAGCCACCUGUUCUACGGAGCUCACAUCCCUGAAAAUUCUUCUCUCAAGAAAAAAAAGAAAGAAGAAGAAGAAGGAAAAAAAAAAAAAAACCCUAGUUCUGUGAUUUUCACUCUCAUUUGGUGUGCACUGAAGUUAGUCUCCGAUUUCUCUCUCAUUUUCUCUCUAAACUCUCCAUGGAAACAAACACUUACUCUAUUUGGCGGGCUCCUGUUUUCCAACACGUUGACUCGUAUUCGCAUUUCAGAGUUUCGUGGAAUCCUAGAUUGAUCGGGUCUCCAUGCCGUCCUCUGAAGCUGAGGCUUCGAAGAAGCUCACAGAUUUUCGCAUUGAACUCGACUUCAACAAGUGAAGGUAACCGUUCUUCUGCGGCGGAGAGUGGAGAGACCGAGAGUUUGGGUUCUGUGAGUCCCAUUUAUGUGCCUACGCCUUCCAAUCGAGAACUUCGCACUCCACACAGCGGGUACCAUUUUGAUGGAAGUCCCCGCCAGUUUUUUGAGGGGUGGUACUUCAAGGUCUCAAUACCAGAACAGAAGCAGAGCUUCUGCUUUAUGUAUUCUGUGGAGAAUCCUGCAUUUCGGAAGAAGUUGGGGACAUUCGAAGAAUUACAAUAUGGUCCUCGAUUUACAGGAGUUGGGGCUCAGAUUCUUGGUGCCGAUGACAAGUAUAUUUGUCAAUUCUCAGAAGAAUCUACUAACUUUUGGGGAUGUAGGCAUGAGCUAAUACUGGGGCAUACGUUUGUUGGCAGAAAAGACUCGCGGCCUCCAAAUAAGGAGGUCCCUCCUGAGGAUUUCAAUAGAAGAGUGAUAGAAGGUUUCCAAGUCACCCCACUUUGGCAUCAAGGUUUCAUCCGUGACGAUGGCAGAUCAAAUUAUGUGGAUACUGUAAAGACUGCACGGUGGGAAUAUAGUACUCGCCCCAUUUAUGGCUGGGGUAAUGUUGGGUCUAAACAGAAGUCCACAGCUGGCUGGCUUGCAGCUUUUCCUGUAUUUGAACCCCAUUGGCAAAUAUGCAUGGCGGGAGGACUCUCAACAGGUUGGAUAGAGUGGGAUGGUGAAAGGUAUGAGUUUGAAAAUGCCCCUUCUUAUUCAGAAAAGAACUGGGGUGGAGGUUUCCCAAGAAAAUGGUUUUGGGUCCAAUGCAAUGUCUUUGAAGGUGCAGAUGGAGAAGUUUCUUUGACUGCAGCUGGUGGGUUGAGGCAAAUACCUGGAUUGACUGAAGUGUUUGAAAAUGCUGCAUUGGUUGGAGUUCACUAUGAUGGAAUUUUCUAUGAAUUUGUGCCAUGGAAUGGAGUUGUUAGCUGGGAAAUUAAUCAAUGGGGUUACUGGUACAUAUCUGCAGAGAAUGAAUCACAUAUGGUAGAAUUAGUGGCAACAACAAAGGAUCCAGGUACUACAUUGCGUGCCCCUACCACGGAAGCUGGCCUUGCUCCUGCCUGCAAAGAUAAUUGUUCUGGUGCACUAAAAUUGCAAAUAUGGAAACGAACAUAUAAUGGCAGUAAAGGAAAGAUGAUUUUGGAUGUUACAAGCAACAUGGCUGCAGUUGAAGUUGGGGGAGGACCGUGGUUCAACACCUGGAAAGGCAAGACUGCUGCACCAGAGCUUGUUCGCCUUGCUCUUCAGGUUCCUGUUGAUGAAGAUGCGAUAUUUGGUUUGGCUCCAUUUUUUAAGCCCCCUGGCCUGUAGCUGUCUGGUCUCGCCAAGCCUUCUAUUAUUCUUUGAUGAAUUAUCAAGUGAUUUAUGGAUUAUCACGAGGGAGGGAUCGGGACCAAUUUGAUAUCCAACUCAAAAAAGUCACUGUGACAGGGAUUAAAAUGUCGUGAGUCGAUGGGCCUCGAUAUAUCCCAAGGAUAUAAAACUGAAUAAUAAGCUAUUAUUUUGAUGUCUGAGGGAUUUUAACCCUUGAUAAAAGUUUCAUCCGACACCUA